AUGAGCAUUCGUCCAGAACGUGAGAGCCUCGCCAAUACGACAAUUAUCUCCUCAGAGGCACUCGUCUCCCUGGACCCCUCGCCCGAGCCGUGCAACCAGAAGUCCAAGUCACCGCACCACUACAAAGACCACACAGACACGCACACCGCAGCUAUGAUAUCAGACAGCCAGCUAUACACGCUCGCCCUCUUCCUGGGCUCAGCGUCGAUGCUCAUGAUCGUCCUCUACCACUUCCUCGAAGUCAAUGCUGUCGACGAGGAUGACACGGCGGUGGGCGUGAAGAGCGGAGGUGUUGCUGUGGGCAGGGAGGGCGAGAAGCUAUGA